AUGGAUGCUGCUGCUAUUGAUGCUGCUGCUGUUGAUGCUGCUGUUGAUGCUUUUAUUGAUACUGAUGAAGCUGUUGCUGUUGUAGAAGCGGCUACUGUUGUUGAAGCUGCUACUGUUGUUGUAGAAGCUGCUGCUGUAGAAGCUGUUGUUGAUGCUUUAGCUGCUGGUACUGUUGCAGAUGAAGAAUGCCUGCACGCCGAUGCAACCCACAUAGACGCCGCUGCGUCCCACCUAGACGCCGCUGCGUCCCUCCUAGACGCCGCUGCGUCCGACCUAGACGCCGCUGCGUCCCUCCUAGAUGCCGUUGCGUCCAUUCUAGACGCCGCUGCGUCCCUCCUAGACGCCGCUGCGUCCUACCUAGACGCCGCUGCGUCCCACCUAGACGCCGCUACGUCCAUUCUAGACGCCGCCGUAUCCCACCUAGACGCCGCUGCGUCCCUCCUAGACGCCGCUGCGUCCAUCCUAGGCGCCACUGCGUCCGUCCUAGACACCGCUGCGUCCGACCUAGACGCCGCUGCGUCCCACCUAGACGCUGCGUCGUGCCAACCUGAGACAGAGGGCCAGGCGGACAAGGGUUCCGGAGCGCGACUCGAGCAGACAAAUAAACAAGAUACCGUGUCGCCGGUGUCACUCUAA